GGCUAGGAUGGAAAGUCACAGCCUGCAGGCUGGAUUGAGUCGAGGGAAGCUGCUGGGUCCCUGCCUGUCGGUCUCCGGGUGUGUCCAUUGAAUUGCGGAGGACUGGUCCCCAGCGCGGGAACACAAGCGCCACUACCCGAAGCGUCGCCCCGCUGGCCCGCUCAAAGGCUAGCCAGUACCUGGAGGGCAGGACCUAGUCGCUCCUGCCCACACCCGUUGCGGGAGGAUGGCAGGACCAAGCGUGGCAUAGCGGCGGGAGAAACCCAGAGAACUGCUGGUCCAGUUUGUUCACGAGGCACAGGGAGGACUUCACUCUCCGGACAGCUCCAAACCUCAGGAAGAACCCACCCAAACUCCAGCCCGGGAGACGGACUUAGGAUCAGGCUGGUGUUCUGCGGGGGAGCAGGAUACAGACUAAGCCGACACGGGCGUGGGAGCGUGCUUUGGGGGCACCCCGCAAGCUCCCGGACCGGCCCGCGGACCCUCGGGGAGGAAGGAGUGGCAGCCGGUGAACUAAGGGAGAGCAAGGGACACCUCUCAAAGUGACGCCCCCAACAGGUCCGGAUUUGGAAUUGGCAGGGGCAGAAAUCCGGACCUCCCGGGGCCUGCUCCACACACCCCAUCGCCCCCGCCCAGAUCCCGGGCACUGAGCUCGUCUGCCCCCAGGGGCGCCCCGUCGGUUGCGGGCUUCCUCCAGCAGACCUGCCGUGCACAUGAGGCCGCUGCCCCCGCCGCAGGCGCCGGCGCCCCCCUCGCGGUGCCGGUGGUGAUGCCAUGCCCCGCCACCACGCGGGAGGAGAGGAGGGCGGUGCCGCCGGGCUCUGGGUGAGGAGCGGCGCGGCGGCGGCGGCGGCGGGUGGGGGGCGCCCGGGCAGCGGCAUGAAGGAUGUGGAGUCCGGCCGCGGCAGGGUGCUGCUGAACUCGGCGGCCGCCAGGGGCGACGGCCUGCUGCUGCUCGGCACCCGCGCGGCGGCGCUCGGAGGAGGUGGCGGCGGCCUGAGAGAGAGCCGCCGGGGCAAGCAGGGGGCCCGGAUGAGCCUGCUGGGGAAGCCGCUCUCUUACACCAGCAGCCAGAGCUGUCGGCGCAACGUCAAGUACCGGCGGGUGCAGAACUAUCUGUACAACGUGCUGGAGAGACCCCGAGGCUGGGCGUUCGUCUACCACGCGUUCGUUUUUCUCCUUGUAUUUGGUUGCUUGAUAUUGUCAGUGUUUUCUACCAUCCCCGAGCACACAAAAUUGGCUUCAAGUUGCCUCUUAAUUCUGGAGUUCGUGAUGAUCGUUGUCUUUGGCUUGGAGUUCAUCAUUCGGAUCUGGUCUGCAGGUUGCUGUUGUCGUUAUAGAGGAUGGCAAGGAAGACUAAGGUUCGCUCGAAAGCCUUUCUGUGUAAUAGAUACCAUUGUUCUUAUCGCUUCCAUAGCUGUUGUUUCUGCAAAAACUCAGGGUAAUAUUUUCGCCACUUCGGCUCUCAGAAGUCUCCGGUUCCUACAGAUCCUGCGUAUGGUGCGCAUGGACAGAAGGGGAGGCACUUGGAAGUUGCUGGGCUCAGUGGUUUAUGCUCACAGCAAGGAAUUAAUCACAGCUUGGUACAUAGGAUUUCUGGUUCUUAUCUUCUCAUCUUUUCUUGUCUAUCUGGUGGAAAAGGACGCCAAUAAAGAGUUCUCUACAUAUGCGGAUGCUCUCUGGUGGGGCACAAUUACACUGACAACCAUUGGCUAUGGAGACAAAACGCCCCUAACUUGGCUGGGAAGAUUGCUCUCUGCAGGCUUCGCACUCCUUGGCAUUUCUUUCUUUGCACUUCCUGCUGGCAUUCUUGGCUCAGGUUUUGCAUUAAAAGUACAGGAACAGCACCGCCAGAAACAUUUUGAGAAAAGAAGGAACCCAGCUGCCAACCUCAUUCAGUGCGUUUGGCGCAGCUAUGCAGCUGAUGAGAAGUCUGUUUCCCUUGCAACCUGGAAGCCGCAUCUGAAGGCCCUGCACACCUGCAGCCCUACCAAGAAAGAACAAGGGGAGGCGUCCAGCAGUAAGUUCUGUAAUAAUAAGCAGAAGUUCUUCAGAGUGUACACCUCACGGAAGCAGAGUCAGAAGCUGAGUUUCAAGGAGCGAGUGCGCAUGGCUAGCCCGAGGGGCCAGAGCAUUAAGAGCAGACAAGCCUCCGUAGGUGACAGGAGGUCCCCGAGCACUGACAUCACUGCUGAGGGCAGCCCCACCAAAGUGCAGAAGAGCUGGAGCUUCAACGACCGAACCCGUUUCCGGCCCUCGCUACGCCUCAAGAGUUCGCAGCCGAAGCCAGUGAUAGACGCUGACACAGCCCUGGGCACCGACGAUGUUUAUGACGAGAAAGGAUGCCAGUGUGACGUGUCCGUGGAGGACCUCACCCCACCACUUAAGACUGUCAUUAGAGCUAUCAGAAUUAUGAAAUUUCACGUGGCCAAACGGAAGUUUAAGGAAACAUUGCGCCCAUAUGAUGUAAAAGAUGUCAUUGAACAAUAUUCUGCCGGUCAUCUGGACAUGCUGUGUAGGAUUAAAAGCCUUCAAACACGUGUUGAUCAAAUUCUUGGAAAAGGGCAAAUCACCUCAGAUAAAAAGAGCCGAGAGAAAAUAACCGCAGAACACGAGACGACGGAUGACCUCAGCAUGCUCGGCCGGGUUGUCAAGGUGGAAAAGCAGGUCCAGUCCAUCGAAUCCAAGUUGGACUGUCUGCUGGACAUCUACCAGCAGGUCCUCCGGAAAGGCUCCGCCUCAGCCCUCACUUUGGCCUCCUUCCAGAUCCCGCCUUUUGAAUGUGAACAGACGUCUGACUAUCAGAGCCCGGUGGAUAGCAAAGACCUGUCCAGUUCCGCCCAAACCAGUGGCUGCUUGACGAGGUCAGCCAGUGCCAACAUCUCGAGAGGCCUGCAGUUCAUUUUAACGCCAAAUGAGUUCAGUGCUCAGACUUUCUACGCGCUUAGCCCUACUAUGCACAGCCAAGCAACACAGGUGCCAAUGAGUCAAAAUGAUGGCUCCUCCCUGGUGGCCACCAAUAACAUUGCAAACCAAAUAAGCGCAGCCCCCAAGCCAGCAGCCCCAACAACUUUACAGAUCCCACCUCCUCUCCCAGCCAUCAAGCACCUGACCAGGCCGGAGACUCUGCACCCGAACCCCACUGGCUUACAAGAAAGUAUUUCCGACGUCACCACCUGCCUUGUUGCCUCCAAGGAAAAUGUUCCGUUUGCGCAGUCAAAUCUGACCAAGGACCGUUCCCUGCGGAAAAGUUUUGACAUGGGAGGAGAAACUUUGUUGUCUGUCCGCCCCAUGGUGCCCAAAGACUUGGGCAAAUCUUUGUCUGUACAAAACCUGAUCAGAUCGACAGAGGAACUGAACUUGCAAUUUUCAGGCAGUGAGUCCAGUGGCUCCAGAGGCAGCCAAGAUUUUUACCCCAAAUGGAGAGAAUCCAAAUUGUUUAUAACUGAUGAAGAACUGGGUGCCGAGGAGGCAGAAACAGACACUUUUGAUGCCACCCCGCAGCCUGCGGGGGAAGCUGCUUUUACAUCAGACUCUUUAAGGACUGGAAGGUCACGGUCAUCUCAGAACAUUUGUAAGACGACAGGAGACAGUACAGAUGCCCUCAGUUUGCCUCAUGUCAAACUGAACUAAAGUUCUUUGUUCCCUUUCUAGGCAUAGCUGUUCUUUUAGCCAUACAUAUCACUGCAUGAACUAUUCUGGAAACCCUUCUAAAAAGUCGAAAUCGCAAGAAUCAGGAAGAACAUGAACGGCAAACUUAGAAGCCUGUUAUCUUUUAAUUGCAUGAAAAUGCAUGUUUAGGGAUGGCAGAAAUUCCAAGGUGCAUCGACAUUAACCCAUGCAUUUAGUAAUGUACCUUGAGUCUAAAAUCCCAAGCACACAGUCGCUGCUGAAGCUAUGGGGUGCGCGAAGAUGUCAGGAUUAGUUCCAUUGCAAGAGUUGAUGCUGUGUUUUGAAAUUGGAGUAAACACCUUCAGAUUUCAGGCAUUUCUGCUUUAUGACUAGACACAAAGUUCAUUUUCAAAAUUAGGCCAUAAUGUAUGUGUAGACACAAUGGCUAGCAACAGCUGCUAAUAACACAAGUAAAGCAGAAUUUGGAAUAUAACAGAAACGACUGCUUAUUUCAAGAUAUCUUUGCCAACCCAUUCCUCCUCAGUCAUUUGAUUAACAUAAUUUGAAUGUCAGUCUGUGUGCUUUUGGUGACUUCGCUCUGUGGCAAACAAUUUUUGCACAUUGUUUUCAUGUUGUCCUUUAUGCCGGGAAUGUUGUCUGAUUAGAAAAUGGGCAGAAAAUGCCGUUCGGGGCCAGUGGGGCAGGAGAUUUGCUCUUCCCUUGACAUCUUCAAGUUUGUGAAAAGGGUCUCUGAUGGAGGAGUCAGCCCUGUAAAAAGCGCGAUCUCCUCACAAGCACAUGAACUACCGAUGGGUUUAACAGCUUUUACAGCUGGACUGGUCCUCUCUGUGAGAACACAAUGACAGGCUUGACCAUCCUGCCCACUCAAUGGCCAGUGUGACCAGCUAUUCCCAUUUUGUGGACAUGUAGGUAGGACCUGGGGAAAGAGGUAUCUAUGUGAGGCAGAGGGAAGGAAGACUUGGAAAGACUACAAGCAUUCCCACAAGUGGGUGGCAUGCAAAGAAAUGACUGCCCACCCGCAAAGGGCAGUGAGGAGAGAAGCCAAAAUGAAACAACUAGAUUUUUUUAGAAAAUAAAUAUUGCUAGGAAGUUCAACUACCUAAACAUCCCUUAUUCUUGUAUAACAGAGAAUUUUGCAAGCUAUUUAUUUUUACUAUUCCCUGACUGCCUUUUGCUAUUGUGUAGUAGUACAUUUUGCACAUAAAAGGCUAAAACUAAACUUCCUUUACUUUUUAUACUAUAGUGAACAUUUUUCUAUUCUUCCCAACAAUAUUAUCCCAAAUGUGAAAUGAUUGGCUCAGUUUCCAGGUUAUGAACAUAUAUCAUUACAAGCCAGAUAGCAUUGGAUGUGUCUGUAGAUCAAAACCCCUUAAUAAUAUAUUGCAAUGGCAAAGAAUCAAAUGAAAAAUAUGUAUUAAAAAUGUAUUUCUCAAAAGGCAAGCAAUACUGGCUGCUUGUUAGAAUUCAGCCCUGCACCUGUAAUCACAGCCCUGGGCAAAGUGAGAUGGGAGCAUAGGUUCAAGGCAAGCCUAGAUGAUACAGCAAAACUCUAUUUCAAAAACAGAGUGAGCGAGAACUCAAUCUUGGAUCAUCAGAGUAUUGACCAAAGUAAUAAGAUUCAAAUAAGCUGUUGAGAGCCUACCAUGUGUGUAUACCAGUGAUUCCGCUAUCUGGGAGGCAGAGGCAGGAGGUUCUGGAGUUCAAAGCUGACCUUGGCUGUAUGAAGCCUGGUCUACAAAAAAAGGAAGGAAGGAAGGAAGGAAGGAAGGAAGGAAGGAAGGAAGGAAGGAAGGAAAGAAAGAAAGAAAGAAAGAAAGAAAGAAAGAAAGAAAGAAAGAAAGAAAGGAAGGAAGAAAUCUGAGGGAAGUUGGUUAGGCUUGAAUUCCCGAAGGACUCAUGAAAGAAGGCAUUUUUUUUCUUAACAACUAAUAUCUCUGGGGGGAAGGGUUUUUUUUUUGUUUUGUUUUUUUUUUUUUUUCAGCCUCUAGGCCAAAUGAGCAGGAUCUAGGGAUUUCCAGUGGUUGCUCAAAGAAAGGAGAUCUUCAAGUCCACCAGCCUUUCCCAAACCUCUCCCCCAGCAGAAUGUUCUUGUCACCGGUCAUCCUUAUUUUUCUGCCCCUUAACUGUUUGGUGAUCUUUCACCCUGGUUUGAUCUCGGACUUCACCGGGCCUUAACCAGCCUUCACCGGGCCUUAACCAGCCUUCACCCUCAAGCAAACCAACUUCCUCUUCCUCGAGUGUGCGUCUCAACCUCAUUUUUGACAGUGAAAUGUUAAAAAAAAGAAAGAAAGAAACCUUCCUUAUUUUUACACUUCUAGGAUGCAUGCAUGGUAUGGCUGUACGCACCUUUAAUCCCAGGACUUGGGAGGCAGAGGCAGGUAGAUCUUUUUGUUUGUUUGUUUUGGUUUUUCAAGGCAGGGUUUCUCUGUAGCUUUGGAGCCUGUCCUGGAACUAGCUCUUGUAGACCAGGUUGGUCUUGAACUCAAAGAGAUCCACCUGCCUCUGCCUCCCAAGUGCUGGAAUUAAAGGCGAGGCAGGUAGAUCUUUGUGCAUUCCAGCCAGUCUGUCUACAAAGUGUGUUCCAGGCCAGCCAGGGCUACGUAGAGAGAUCCUAUCUUAAAAAAACAAACAAAAGCUUUCUUGGAUUCCAAUACAGUCUCCUGGAGUAUAGCAUUCAGAAUCUUAUGGCCCAUGAACACACUAAUGAGAUAAAGUGUGAAUUUUUCAUUCUAUUGAAAAAUGUUCGUCAAGCCUUUAAAGCUAUUCUCAUUUUCCAAACAGAAUGUUAGGCAGUUAUUAAUAUGAUUUUUCAUUUACCCAUGUCUUCAACCAACCCGAAGCAAUGAUCUACCCUCCAAAGGACUUACACAUGCAUGUAUACACAAAACACAUCCCUCCACUGAGCAAAAGCCAGAGCCACCUGGUGGCACUCAACAAGGUUCACUCCAAAUAAUGGCUGAGGAAGAGAAAGGAGCUGACAGCUUCCAGACAGCACUGAUACUGUCUCAGGUUGAACCCCACUGGCAGCAAGAAUUAUGAAUGUAUUGAGGACCCCUUCUUAGGCUUCCUCGGGUCUCAAACACAGUACGGUUCAUCUAACGUAGCUGAAGACUGAUGAGUCAGAGACAAAGCCAAAACACAUCACUGCGGUCUUAAGCAAAAUGUGAGAAACCGCAUCGUGAAAGAUGUUUGUACAUUGAAGCCAUGACCAUUUUGUAUCUAUUUCGUUCUAGCACAGAAACUCUUGGACAUUGCGAAAUAGGUUUCUUGGCGUGUAAACAUCAGGGUUACGUCUAUUAUGC